CGAUAUCCACUUGGGAAACAAAUUUAACCCGCGCGAAGUUUUGGUGCGGUUGGGCAAAAUUUGGUAUCGCUUUGCCGCUCUAAUCCGCGUUCGCUGUACAUGCCAGAGCGUUGAAAUUACCCGCUGACUGGGCUCACAUUUCGGAAGCGCUGGAUUCUUCUGCACGGCGCUGCGCGCAACUCCCCCAGACUACUUGCCGUUCACCCUUGCUGAGGACGUCUGCACUGCAGCGCCACCACUAUGCAGCACAAGCGGGGGCCUGCGAUGUGGUGCAAGGCGUGCUUCUUCCUGCUCGCGGUGUGGGAGGCUAUCUGGGGUCUGCUGUGGUAUUUCGCAACCCUGGGCCAGUGGACCACGCACGAGGAGCCCAGAAUCACUGCCGCCCCUACGCCCAUCAAUCAGCGGAUCCUGUCGGCCUGCACACGGUUGCGAGCCUUUCGCGCCUGCCCAUGGGCCUCUGGAGCUGCGGCACAGAUGGUGGUCGCCAAUUUGAAGCCCUCACCCAUGCGGAGCCCCUUCAGCCGCGAGAACCUGGUCUUGGAGGAUGGGGUGCUGGUGGCUUUGGACUGGCAGCAUGCGGGCCCGGACGGCACGCCGGAACUGGCCGAGGACGCGCCAUUGGUGGUCUGCGCGCACGGCCUGGGCGGGGAUAGCACUUCCACGUACCUGCGGGUCUUUGCGGAGGUCUGCCGCGAGCGCGGCUGGCGCUGCGUGGUUUACAACCGCCGUGGGCACGCGCGGAUGUCAGUCCUCCCGAGCAUGACCUCGCUUGCUACCGCAGCAGCCGGGAUGGCGACCGGCAGCCAGGGCAACGACGGCAGCAUCAGCAGUCGCACGCAAAAGCACGACGGCUGCCUCAGCAGCGGUGAGGCAGCUGUCGGGAAUACGGGCGGCAGGGGGUUAACUUUGAACCAAUCCCGUAAGGAAACAGUUGCGCUGCAAGGAGAAACUGCAGCCGCGUAUGUGGGCGGCAGGGGGGAGGAGGUAUUGUAUGAUCUAGGCAGGACAGCGAGCGAGGAGAACAGCGCGAGCGGCGGCGAAGACGUGGGUGGCUAUUUGGCGCGGGCCGCAACGCCUGAUGACCUGGACCUAUCUAUUGCCGUGACUACGGCGGCCCAGGUAGCAGCGACGCAAUCAGCUGCCUCAGUGGCAGCGGCGAGCGGUGGAGGGGCGGUGGCUGAAGCUACGGUCACGGUCGUGGGUGGAGCUAGCAGCACUGGUGGGCCCGGGUCGGUGGCAACCGCCAAGGCGACGGUGAAGGUUGCCAAGAUCUUCCCCAAGCACUCGGACAUCGCUGACAUGGAGGAGGUGGUGGCGCAUAUCUGCAGGCGCUUCCCCGGCGCGCCCAAGGUGCUUGUGGGCUUCUCCGCAGGCUCCAACCUAACCGUCCAGUAUUGCGGCGCCGUAAACACGUACCCGCACAACCCCUUCCUGGCCGCCGUCUCCAUAAGCAACGCCCACAACCUCAUGAAAGCCACGCGCCUGCUGAAGGCCCGGCCGCUGUCAGAUGCGAUGAUGACCGCGUUCCUCCAGGAGAAGCUGUGGGAGGGCCUGACUGACAUCCGGAUCAUGGCGGAGCGCCACGGGGUGCAGCUGGACUUCCGCCGCCUCAUGUCCACGUGCCAUUUCCGCGAGUUUGAGGAGCUGCUGAUCUGCCCCAUCUACGGGUACGCCUCGCUGGACGAGUACUACCGGGAGGUGUCCAGCGGCAAGGACUUCGAGCAUGUGCGCCUGCCGCUGCUGUCGCUUGCCAACCUGGAUGACCCCAUCAUACACCCGUCCAUGACGGAAGUGGCGGUGGAGGCGGCGCGCCAGAACCCUCACGUCAUCUCAGUCGUAACACAGCGCGGCGGCCACCUGGGUUGGCAGCACGGCUGGGCCUGCGAGCCGUGGAUGCACCAGCUCCUGGAGCAAUUCGUUGGGGAGGUGCUGCGCAUGCACUAUGAGCAGGGCGGCUCGGGGGCGGCGGAAGUGGAGCAGCAGCAGGAAGCGCAGCAGGCUAUGCAGGCGCCUGUUGCGGCUGGGCGGGAGGGCAGCCAGGACGGCAACGGUGGGCCGGGUGUGGGUGGCUUGCGGUACAGGCGCACGGUGCCCAGUGCGCGCGCGUGAGCGCAAUUUGCGCGGUGCCGCUGUAUUGAAUUUGGUGCAUGUUAGGGUCUCCCCUACCACACCUUGCGGAGCAUGGGCGGGAAUGUUGCACGGCGUGGCCACCUUUAGCCCUGCGGCGCAGCGGAUGUAGCUCGCAAGCAGAGGGUUGCAAGGGUUCACAUGUAUUCUUCGGGUGCUGUUUGUGAUUUGACGGUGGUGUUGUACGGCACACACCUUUCAUCAGCAACGCGGUAUGCGAGUCCUGGGGGCGCCGCGGUGCGGUCUCUGCUGCAGGGCGGGGGCACUGGGAGCAGGAAUGGCUGCGUGUGCUCUUGGCCGUACAGUCAGAAAAGGUUUGUGGGUAUGCAUGUUCGCUAUUCAUGGUUUGCAUAUGUCGCCGUGCGUGUGUGGCUACAGGUCGGGUAGAUCCGGGUGCUCUGCCACAUAAUGCCAAACGCACGCAAGUCCAGAUUGCUGUUGCCAGGGGAGAAAUGGCUCCCCUGGCUGCUCAUAUCCUGCUGUUGAAGGAUCAUGGUUAUCGAGGUUACUCAACUGCAGAUGCUGGAUUGUGCUCCACUGCACUCAGCAUGAGCAUGAGCAUUUACAUGCACUCAGCGAGUUGUUGCAGUUUGAAUACGGUAUAGCACAAUGUGUUCACUGCUGCUCUGUGUCAUGAGCAAUGCUGCGGCCAGGUUGCGGCAUACCGUGUAAAUACUCGCGCCC